CUACAAGGUUAAGCAAGCUGUUCUAAUUUCAUGAAACCAAAUCCAACCCAAUAAUUAAUGUAUACAGACAGACAGACAGACUACAGUGAGUUAUAAUGUUCUCCACCUACUCAACUAGCCAGCCUGCAGGCAGUAUACAUGAUCCUACCAUGGCAAUGGCAUUCACAAUAAAGCAUGCAGCACACCUAGCUACUUCUUUGCCACUCCAUGACCCAGGAGUCCUGGAAGGGUCGGGGUGUGUUCAAAUAAAGAAUCAACGGUCUCGAUCGUAUCUAGAACUUUGGCCCAUGGCCCUUCUAAAUGUGACCUCCGUCAUCCUCACCUCCUGUCGGGUAUUUCCGUCGUCAAACGCAAAAAGACAAGGAAAAAUUGAACCGUGCUUUAAUAUCUUCGCUUUACUGUCUGCCUCGAAUCAAUCAGACUCGCACUCGCACCCUGUCGUUGUUCUUCGUCUUCCUGAAAACCCUUCUUUCGUAUUCAAUCUCCUCGACGGUUGAAACUGAAUGGACUCAAUCAGACAAUCUCCAGCUCCGAACACGGCCCGAACAACCUUGACCUUUCAGAAACUCUUUCACCUGAGAAAAGCUUCAAAAGAUCACUCAAGACCCAAGUCUCAGCAGUUUGAGUUCGACGGACAAGAUGAAGAAGCAGGUAUAGUGGAGCCCAGAAACAGAGCAGCCAUGAAAGCUUUUGUUGCGAAGCUUUUCGCCACCGUAUCUGCUGUUAAAGCCGCUUAUUCCGAGAUGCAAAUGUCGCAGCUUCCUUACAACAUCGAGGCCGUGCAAGCCGCAGAUCAAGCCAUCGUUCAAGAGCUAAAAUCGCUGUCGGAGCUUAAGCACGAGUAUUUAAAGAAACAGAUUGUUUCUUCCCCGCCGCCUGAGACAUUUAUGCUCGCGGAAAUUCAAGAACUGCAGUCUUUGGCUAAGACUUACGAGGUCUGUCUGAAGAAACUUCGUGGUGAAAUUAGCAACAAGGAAUCCCACCUCGCGUCUCUUCGACAACAGCUGACAGGAAUUGCUCAGAAAAAUAAAACUCUUGAAAGAAAGAUGAACUCCAGCGGAACUUUCUCGAUUCUCAACGAUGUCAAAUUUCCCGACGUGAAUCACAAGCACUUCGUCGUGGUUUUGAACUACGCGUUCAGAUCGAUGCGCAGUUUUGUCAGGUUCUUGAUUCGGGAAAUGAACUCUGCAAAUUGGGAUAUAAACUCUGCAGCCCUAGCAAUACAAUCCGACGUUGUUUUCAGUGAGAGGGAGCAUAAAGCUCCCGUCUUUGAGUCGUUUGUUUGCAGAGAAAUGUUAUCUGGGUUCAAUCGUCCAUUUUUUUCAACCCAAACUUGGCCUGGAGAAAUUCACCGGCGCCGGGAGUUUUUUUUCCAGGAGUUAAAGAAAUUGAGCUGUGUGACUGAUCCAAUCCGGUUCCUAAAGCAGAACCCGAACUCUUCAUUUGGGAAGUUCUUGCAAUCGAAGUACGCCAAGCUUGUACACUAUAAAAUGGAAGUGUCGUUCUCAGGGAGCUUGAAGCAGAGAAAAAUGGUGAGCUCCGGUGAAUUCCCGGAAACGGAGUUAUUCAAAGCGUUUGCAGAGAUGGGGAGAAGAAUUUGGAUUUUACACUGCCUAGCGUUUUCGUUCAAUGACGAGUUCGAAAUGUUUCAAGUAAAGCAGAAUUCCAGGUUUUCUCAAUUGUAUAUGGAAAGUGUAACGGAGGAUAUUCUCUCCGGCGAUAUCCGGGUGGCGUUCACGGUGGUGCCGGGGUUCAGCUUUAAGGGGACAGUGGUGCAGAGCCAAGUAUACUUAACAACCUCCGAUAAAACUUAAUAAUUCAGCCCAACCCGACGGCGUUUGAAGCUUCAAACCGUUGAAAGGCCGGCGGCGCUUGGAUAUACCACCGGCGGCGCGUGAAGGUACCAACAUUUUGUACGAGACUGACAGCACAGCAACAGCAACCGAGGAAGUGGCCGAUGCAGGGACUAGGAACGGAUCCAUGGAGAAUCUGGCCGCUGUGACGAUGACGAUGACGAUGAGCCAUACUCGGUUCGCCGCCGAUGCCUUUCAUGGUUGGGGUUGGGGCGGAAUUACUAGUCAUGGAUGAGCCGUCCAUUGAUGGAUGGGCCGUCCACAACAACUUCCGGCGUCCGUACACGGGCACGUGCGCGGCGGAGAUCAUAGCUGACCCUAAGAAGAGCACCAACAAUCCUAUUCCUACCACCACCUCUGCAUCUUUUCGCGCCAUCUCUUUUAUUUAUUUAUUUAUUGCACCCUACCUAACU